AUGCUACGAAAUACUUUGAAGCUACUCCCCUUAGCAUUAUCCGCGGCUGCCUUGAUAUGUUUGGCCGUGGUCUUUGAGGGAUGUAGAUCUACUUCAUCACCCCGAGAUCUAUUUUUCCUAGAGGUAAGGAAUUGGACAAGCUUGUUGCAUCAGAGAAUCGUCCGGUCCUUCAGUCUGUCCGACCAAGCAUCCAAUCUCUCAGACUCCGCCCACGACGCAUUAACCCACGCCAGCAGCAGUCUAUCAGACCUGCGGAGCAAUAUCUGGUCAACCCUACCUGACUAUUAUGCAGUGGGACUCUGGGGAUAUUGUAGCGGCGAGAAGGGUGCAUCUAAGUAUUCAAGUUGCUCCACGCCCACGUUGUCAUUCUCAUUUGACUUGGUGGCAAUAUUGGAGUCUAACGCACCAGGUGCGGUUUCGCUACUGCCGGAGGCGAGCAAGGCUGUGCUUCCUGGACUCUCGAAAUCUUCCAGAUUGGCCGUCGCAGCAUAUAUCAUUGGAAUGGCCGCAACCACCCUGACUGUCGUGGCGGAGCUCUUUACAAUCAUGUUCAAGUGGGGGACAGUUCCGACGCUCAUAUGCUCCCUUACUAACCUGCUGGCGGGUUGCCUCGAUAUCCACUGUCACUGCAUCAAUUACUGUGACGAUCCUGUACAGCUUGAUAUCUGGAGGGAUCCAAACCUUUCUAGGUGA